AUGGCCUCCGCCGCGCUGCUUGGCCGGCGACGCUGGAGCGACGCGCUGGGCGGAGGCGGGGCGGAGGUGUUGGCGAGCACGGACACGGCGGAGGAGGCGUUGGCGGCCACAGCGAAGACGGCGAUGGCGCAGAGGCUGCGGAGUCAGUACACGGUCAAUCAAGCCAGCGUGAAUAUUCACCAAAUGAAUGAACACCGCGUUUCUCCACAAGUUGUCUCCCGUAGCUUAAUAGUUCAAAUAAGACUAGCAGAAAUGGCAAAUUCGCACCUUGUUCACAGUACCAUCCUCCACAAGCUAUCUCUAGUCCUCCUCAUUUGCUCGCUCCUCGGGUACAACUGUGAAGCCAUGAGCAGGAAGGCUGAAAAGGAAGCACUUCUAAGCCUUGAGAAUUACUGGGGCAAACCGCUGAUGAUCAGCUGGAGCUACAACAUGGACGCAGACCACUGUAAGUGGGAUGGCGUCAGUUGCACCCGGGAGGGCUUUGUUACACGUAUUUCACUCAGUAACUACAAUCUUGCCAAGCCAAUUCCGUCAGAAAUUUGCUUUUUCAACAACCUUACACACAUCGACCUUUCUUACAACAACAUUCUAGGUUCUUUCCCUGUGGUUCUUUUCAGUUGCUCAAGCCUUGAGUUUCUAGACCUCUCAUACAAUUCUUUUGUUGGUAGUCUCCCACUAAAUAUUCAUGCACUAUCAAAAACGAUUGCGUACCUUAACCUUGAAUCGAAUAGUUUAUCCAGUAGUAUUCCAAGUUCAAUCUGCCAGCUUUCAUCCCUACAAGUUCUGAAACUAUCUUCCAAUCCCUUUGCUUCACACAGAAUCAAUCCACAUUUUGGAAAUUUGACAAACCUAGAAGAGUUGUCAAUGAGUAAUAUGAGCAUAGUUGGUGAAAUUCCAGACACUUUAUCCAAGCUGACCCAACUUAGAAUAUUCAAUUUGUCUUCUAACACGUUGAACGGGACAAUACCUAGUGAGAUUUGGAGAAUGCAGAAUAUGGAGGUCCUCGAUCUACACAGUAACUCUCUAUCAGGUCGCAUACCAGGCGAUUGCUGUAAGCUCGAGAAUCUGUCCCUCCUUUUAUUAGACGGCAAUCAUCUCUACGGCCCAAUACCAGAAAACCUUGUACAGUUACAAUUUCCCUUCAUCUUCCUCAAUCUCUCUAGUAACCAACUCACAGGCAAGAUUCCAUCUCCUUUCGAGAUGGGAAGAUUUCAAUGGAGCUUUCUUUCCAAUCCCAGCUUAUGUUCCUCCAACCACUUUGGAAACCUUCCUCCAUGCACCAGAUUGCACUUGAAGAUGCUUGUAAUUAUUGUCCUCGUCUUUGGUUCAGCCAUUCUCAUAUGCACAGGGCUAAUUGGUUUAAAUAAGAUCAAGGCAUUUUUCUCAAAGGAAAAGGACGACGCCCCAUCUCCACAGUGGAAACUGACGGCCUUCCAAGCUAUUGAUUAUGACAUUCAAGACAUCCUUUGCAACCUCAUUGAUACAAACCUUGUCGGCAGCGGUGGCUCAGGAAAGGUAUAUAAGAUCUGCCUUGGUAACAGAAACGGCGGGGUUAUAGCUAUCAAGCAAAUAUGGUCUAGUAGUGGUGAACUGGAACAUGAUGUGCUGGAAAAGCAGUUUCAAGCUGAGAUUGAGAUUCUUGGAUCCAUCCGACACGCCAAUAUCGUAAAGUUGCUUGGCUUCAUAUCAAGCUCUGAAUUGAAGCUCCUCAUAUACGAAUACAUGGAACAUGGUAGCCUGUAUGAAUGGCUGCAUCAGAAAGAUGACCCUACUAGUACAACUAGACGGUUGUUGAACUGGCCGAUAAGAAUGUCAAUAGCAAUCGAUGCAGCAAGAGGGCUGUGUUACAUGCACCACAGUUGCUCUCCUGCUAUAGCACACCGUGAUGUGAAGUCCAGCAACAUCCUACUGGGUCCUCAGUUCAAAGCAAAGAUUGCGGACUUUGGCCUAGCUCGCUCUCUACUUAAAGCUGGCGAGCCAGAGUCUGUCUCGGCUGUGGUUGGGUCCUUCGGAUACAUAGCUCCAGAGUUCGGAAGCUCGAGAAAAAUGAACGAGAAAGUUGAUGUGUACAGCUUUGGGGUUGUUCUCUUGGAGCUGGUAACAGGGAGGCGUGCAAAUGGUGGGGGCGGGUACGAGAAUUUGGCGCAAUGGGCAUGGAGGCAAUUUCAUCAAGAUGAGAGCAUCCAAUUGACAAAUGUGAUUGAUGCAGACAUACGAGAUCCAGCCUACUCGCGUGAGGUACAACUGGUGUUCAAGCUAGGGCUAAUUUGCACGGGCACAAACCCAUCAUCACGGCCGUCCAUGAAGCAGGUGCUGCAGGUCCUGCAACGCUGA